AUGAGCUCAGACUGCAUGAUGAAUCUGAAAGUUGAUGCUGUUCUGAAGUCCAAUCCAAAGGGUGAAGAAAUAUUCAAAGAGUAUGAUAAAACUAAAUCACUGUCAGAUGCAACACGCAGACAGAUGAUCAACAUCCUCAUUGCAGAAAUGAUGGAUUCAUACGGGAGAAUUCCACCAACAAGCAUGCGGACCAGUUAUGCACUAGGAAUUGUGACCCUUUUUCCAUAUCUUCAAGAUCCAUUCUCAAAAAAAGGAUAUGAGCAUUACUAUGAUCCUGAGGCACAUACAGGUUAUCUUGCUUGGAGAAUCAAGACAAUCCAACGCAACACCUGUGAUGGCUUAUGUGGGCGUUCCAGGCCAAGUUUCCAGGACAGCCCAACAGCACACCGGGAAUCUCUGUUAACUGGAGAGCAGCUGGUUGGUGAGGAGUGCAGAGAGGCUCUCUCAAUAAUCAGACACUCAACAGAUCAAUCCGUGGUUAAAGAGAAGAUGAGAGCAACCUUCGAGUACAGACAGAAGAUGGUCCAUGACAAGGAUGCAACAUCUUCAGUGCUGGAUGUCUUCCCUCGCUUCCUUGAUGUACCUGGAUUGAUUGACCAGGACUUCUUGAUGAUGUUUGGGGACGAAGUAUCCGGACAGUUCCUUGCCAAGUGGCCUUCAUAUUUCAAGCACAAAGUCAACGAAGAAUGCCAGGGACUUCCUGUAAAUCCUUAUGUGGUUGAGCUCCAGGCAGCUUUUGAUCCAGAGGCAGAGAAUGACUAUGGAAAAUGUGUUUUACUGCUGGGAUAG